AAUGAGCGAUUGUAUCCACCGUAGAUGUCACAAGCAGAACUGUUUAUUACAAGAAUGGACUCAAUGGGACACUUGUUCCAAACCAUGUGGCCCCGAUGGUAGACAAACAAGAAGUCGUAAAGUUCUUAUUCCAGCUUCUUGUGCUGGAAACCCAUGUGGACAUUUGUAUGAAGAACGACCUUGCAAUAGAUAUUGUGUAAAUGGUAUAUAUAAGGAUGACAUAUGUAAAUGUAAUGAUGGAUGGAUUGGAAAAUGUUGCAAUAAAGAUAUCAAUGAAUGUUUAGAUAGUACAAAAAUUUGCCACCCAAAUGUUUGUAUAAAUACAGUUGGAAGCUAUAAAUGUUCCUGUCAUGCGGGAUACGAAGAAGAGGAUGGAGCUUGUACAGAUAUUGACGAAUGUUCAGGGAACGUAUGCGAUCAAAUCUGUACAAAUACUGAAGGAAGUUAUAAAUGCUCAUGUCGUGAAGGUUACAUUCUGAAUAAUUUGAAAAGUAAAUGUAUUAUUGGUGACUUUUGUAAAAAUGGUGAACAUAACUGCGAUCAUAUUUGCGUCAGUAAGCCUGACGGUAGCUAUUCUUGUAAAUGUAAAUUGGGAUAUUACGAACAAAAUAAUUCUACAAAAUGCUUAGAUAUCGACGAAUGUUUGUUAUCUUUACAUAAUUGUAAUCAGCUAUGCAUAAAUACUCCUGGAUCGUAUAAAUGCAGUUGUAAAUCUGGCUUUAAAACGAACAAUAAUGGUUUAAAUUGCAUUGAUAUUGAUGAAUGUGCUGAUAUUUCCAUACACUGCGACUAUCAGUGUAAAAAUACACCUGGUUCUUUUGAAUGUUUAUGUCCAUCUGGCUUUAAACUAUUAUCAGAUAAGCGAACUUGUCAAGAAUUACCAGUAACAGAGAAAACUGAACAAACGACAACAGAUUCUAAACUAUCUACUGGAUAUAUUAUAUUGAUUGUAGUCAUUAUUGCGUUAAUUAUUACUACAAUAGCAAUUGGAACUGUCUGCUACAGGAGGAUAAGGCGUUAUCGUAGGGCUACUCGAACGACGAUCGGAGAGAACCCUCCACCAUAUUCUCUUUCUGAGCAAUCAGGUGUACCAUAUUGUUCUCCAGGACAUUUAGAUGUAACAUGCCCUGACUAUGUUAAUUCAGAAAAGAAAUCAACCGAAAAUAUUUAUAGUUGA